AUGACAACCGAGAGAUCUGACUUGAGAGCAAGAACUCUCCCCCAGAUAUUGCUGGGCGACGGCUCCCCGCGUUCCCUGACGGCCCCACCCCCGUCUCUAUCUCAAAUCCCGGCGGCAUCCCGAGCCCAGGAAAGAUUUCGUGUAACCGGAAACGCCGUCGUUACCGGCGGAGCCGGCGACUUGGGAUUCGCAGCGAGUCGGGCUCUUCUCGAGCAUGGCGUGGAAGGGCUCAUGAUCUUCGACAUGAACCCGACGGAAGCACAAGCCAAAGUCGAUCUGCUUAGCUCCGAAUUCCCGGGUGCUAAGAUUCGGUUCCUGAAAGUUGAUGUGACGGAUGAAGAUGGCGUAGAUGCCGCUGUGGGCGAGACGGUCAAGUUAUUCGGGGGAAUCAGUACCUUGGUGAGUUUUGCCGGAAUGGUUGCCUGUGGGCACGCUCUAGAUUGGUCGGCAAAGGACUGGAAUAGAGUAAUCAAUGUCAACACAAUUGGUGGGUUCCUUGUUGCUCGUGCGGUCGCUCGGACAAUGAUAGAACGCGGAAUCGGAGGGAGUAUGACAUUCAUAGCGAGUAUGUCUGGACAUAGAGUCAAUUUCCCUCAGCCGCAAGUGUCUUAUAAUGUCUCAAAAGCUGGAGUUAUAGCUAUGGUGAAGUCAUUGGCUGCGGAGUGGGCAAGGUACGGAAUUAGAGUAAACAGCAUUUCCCCGGGAUAUAUGGAUACCAUAUUAAAUGAAGGGGAUGGUCUGGACGAAGCAAGAAAGAUGUGGCUCAGUCGAAAUCCAUUGGGAAGAAUGGGCCAGCCCGAUGAACUAACCGGGGCUGUUGUGAUGCUCGCAAGUCGUGCUGGGAGCUAUUUCAACGGUUCAGAUCUGCUGAUGGACGGGGGACAGACACUCUUCAUGUAA